AUGCUGCCAUUCAAGUCGUUUUCGGCCCCGCCCUUGCCCGCACACACGGUGGAUCACGCUCAGGCAAGUCGCGAAACAUCGACCGUCAACGCAGACUUUCACCGCAUCAACGAGUCGCAGCUUGCAUCCGACAUUUAG